CCGGGUAGCUGUGGAAAAAAAUACUUUUUGUGCGUUCAUAUUGACUUAAAAAUGUUUGCUUCGCGUUUGUUACUGCUAUUAUUUUGCGGUUAUAUCAAUGCCGAUCGAUCUUUACACUGUGAUUUCGACAAACUAUCCUUAUGCGAUUGGCGAAAUGACCCACAAGCAAACAACGUUUGGCUUGAGGGUAUUGGAGACAUAAGAGCCUACAUGGAUAAUAUAAACAACACAGUCAGACUUUUGUCUCGAACCUACGAUCGUGAUAUAGAGGAAACUGGCUGUUUCUCUUUGACAUAUACGAUGUAUUCAAACGACAACAACGCUCCUAUACUACGAAUAUAUCAAAAGCCGGAAUAUGUAUCACUUGAAAAUCUCGUUCAGUUAAGCGAAGAAGCGAAGAAGACUUAUUUAAUAUUCGAGGACUCGAAAAACCUACGCGAAGUUUCGUUCAACUCUGUGGCAAAUCUUAAGAAGUUUAAGGAUAACUUUCAGAUCAUCAUAGAAGCAAUGGCAACGAGUUAUUUUGGGUUUGCGAAUAUAGAUAAGGUUGCAAUACUUCAGAGGAGCGAGUGUGACGCAGCGAUAUCCGCCGCCACGAACCCAGAUCCCUUACGUUGCGGUUUCAGCAACAACUUUUUGUGCGGUUGGAGCAACGACCCACAGGCGUCGCAGAAUUGGAACGCGGGAUCGGAGAAGAUAUAUGCUUUCCUCAAUAAAAUAAAUGACACAGUUCGUUUGCUAUCACCGACUUUCGAUCGUGGUUUACAGGAAACCGGCUGUUUUUCCCUGACAUACAACAUAAGGGUUGACUAUCAAGAAGUGCUCUAUCCUACACUCCGAGUUUAUCAAAAGCCGGAAUAUCUACCACUAGACAGUUUCCUUGAAUUGAGCGAAGAAGCGAAGAAGAAUUAUAUAAUUUUAGAGCCCAAAACGUACACACGUGAAGUUUAUAAACAGUGGUUAAACUCUGUGGCAGUUCUGAAGAAAUAUGAGAGUGACUUCCAGAUCAUCAUAGAAGCAAUCUCCACUACCGAUUUCGCGGCUCUGAAUAUAAAAAGCGUCGCCAUACUUCAGGGUAGCGAGUGCACUGUGGCGUAGUCCGCCGCCAGAAGCCUACCCCCUACAGAUAAAGUUUAGAAGCAUUAUAUACACACUACUACUGCAGUUUCGACAUCUUAAAGAACAAAUUAAACAAAAACUGAUCCGCCACCAACAACAAUAGUUUCAUCGCCAACAACAACAGUCCUAACGCCGACAACAACAGCCCCACUGGCAAUAUCAACGUGGCGGUCCCGAGGAAUAAACAAUUAUUAACGAUAUGAUAUAUUUGUAAAUGUACGUGAAGAUGAA